AUGCCAAAACAUCAAAAUAAGAAUAAAAAAGGAAGUUCACAACAAACAAAAGUAAAAGAAAGAUUUAUAAGAAGUAAAACAGAAAAGAAAAAGAAAGAAAUUCAAAAAGAGGAAGAAAUACCUAAAAUCACAGAAGAAGAAAAAGAAAAAUAUUUACAAAAAUUUAAAAGAAAAUAUGUAGAAAAAGAGAAAAAGGAGCAACUAGGAUUAAAACAUCCAAAUGAUUUAAAAACACCAAUCAAACAAAAAGAAAUUGGAAUAGAAACUGCACAAAGAGUUAUUCAACCUAUUAUUAAACAUAAUGAAAGUAAAAUUACGUUUAGUAGAACAAACAAAAGAAAUGAAAAUAUAACUAGCCAAUUCAAAGAAACAUCUGACGGAUUUGAUAUUCCUAAAACGAAAACAGAACGUCAAAAAACAAUGAAAUUACAAACCGAAAUUAAAUUUAAUAAUCAAAUAAUGUCACAAUUCAGUUAG